AUGGAAUCAAAUCACAAAUCCGGGGAUGGAUUGACCGGCACACAGAAAGAAGCCGCCCUCCGUGCGUUAAUUCAGCGAACGGGAUAUAAUUUGAUCCAGGAAAAUGGGCAGAGGAAAUAUGGGGGACCACCACCGGGCUGGGAUGGCCCUCCACCAGAGAGGGGCUGUGAGAUCUUCAUUGGGAAACUGCCCCGAGACCUCUUUGAGGAUGAACUCAUCCCCCUCUGUGAAAAGAUUGGCAAAAUCUAUGAGAUGAGGAUGAUGAUGGACUUCAAUGGCAACAACAGGGGCUACGCCUUUGUGACCUUCUCCAAUAAACAGGAGGCCAAAAAUGCAAUAAAGACACUCAAUAAUUAUGAAAUCAGGAACGGGAGGCUCCUGGGCGUGUGUGCCAGCGUGGACAACUGCCGCCUGUUCGUGGGGGGCAUCCCCAAAACCAAGAAGAGGGAGGAGAUCCUGGCAGAGAUGAAGAAGGUCACGGACGGCGUCGUGGACGUCAUCGUCUACCCCAGCGCGGCCGAUAAAACCAAAAACAGGGGCUUUGCCUUCGUGGAGUACGAGAGCCACCGGGCAGCAGCCAUGGCCAGGAGGAAGCUGCUCCCAGGAAGGAUCCAGCUGUGGGGACACCCCAUUGCCGUGGACUGGGCAGAGCCAGAGGUGGAGGUGGAUGAGGACACCAUGUCCUCAGUGAAGAUCCUCUACGUGAGGAACCUCAUGCUCUCCACCACCGAGGAGACCAUUGAGAAGGAGUUCAACAGCAUCAAGCCAGGUGCAGUGGAGAGAGUAAAGAAAAUUAGAGACUACGCCUUUGUGCACUUUAAUAAAAGAGAACACGCAGUGGAGGCCAUGAAAGCCUUGAAUGGGAAGGUGCUGGAUGGCUCCCCCAUCGAGGUGACCUUGGCCAAGCCGGUGGACAAGGACAGCUACGUGAGGUACACGCGUGGCACGGGUGGCAGGGCCCCGGUGCUGCAGGGGGACUACACCUACACCCUGGGACACCUGUACGACCCCGCCACCGCCUACCUGGGCGCCCCGGUCUUCUACGCACCGCAGGCCUACGCGGCCAUCCCCAACCUGCACUUCCCCGCCGCCAAGGGGCUCGGCGGCAGGAGCAUCCUCCGGCCCCCCUCCGUCAGAGAAAUUUACAUGAAUGUACCUGUAGGGGCUGCGGGCGUCCGAGGCCUGGGAGGCCGCGGCUACCUGGCGUUCCCAGGCCUGGGGCGCGGAUACCACCUCAAGGGAGACAAGAGGGGAGAGGAGAAGCUCUACGACCUCCUGCCAGGGAUGGAGCUCACCCCCAUGAACCACGUCACACUAAAGCCCCAAGGGAUCAAACUCGCCCCCCAGAUCUUAGAGGAAAUCUGCCAGAAAAACAACUGGGGACAGCCUGUGUACCAGCUCCAUUCUGCCAUUGGCCAGGAUCAAAGACAGCUCUUCCUCUACAAAAUCACCAUCCCUGCCCUUGCCAGCCAGAACCCCACCAUACAUCCCUUCACACCGCCCAAGCUCAGCGCCUACAUCGACGAGGCCAAGACCUACGCGGCAGAGUACACCCUGCAGACCCUGGGCAUCCCUGUGGAGGGGGCAGAGGUGCCUCCUGCAGCACCAGCUUUCCCAGGAUACACCAUUGCUAACGCAGCUGCCACUGUCACAGCCACUCAGCUCAAGCAAGCAGUGACAUUGGGACAAGAUUUGGCCACCUAUGCCACCUAUGAAGCCUAUCCUGCCUUCGCCGUCGCCGCACGGAGCGACGGCUACGGAGCCUUUUAA